UUCAUCCCUUCGCUUCAUUUGUCCCUGCUCGAUCCCAUCUCCUCGAUCAGAAGUCUCAAAAAAGAACAUUUGGAACGCGUGAACCCUUUUUAUUUGUUUGCGCUUAAGGCGAUGCAGCAAUGGGGUUCCAGACUCGGCCGCCAUUUCUUCCUCUCUUCUUCCCGCCUUGCCGCCUCCGCUGACUUCCCCAGCCGCCUCCGCUCAGUGGCAUUCCCCGCGAAUGGAUCCAUCUUCAGGUCCCUUUUCUCCUCCAGCGGCCUCUCCCUCCCCUCCCCGGCGCUUCGCCCCCACCGUCUCGGUUUAGGGUUUUCUACUACCUCGCUUCAUCUCCCGGUGACGCAAGUGCGGAAUUAUGCCGCUAAAGAUAGAUCGAGAGCUCCGAUAACACCGACCAUUUCCAAAGUGAAGAAAUACAAGCUAAAGGCUCCCUCGUCCUUCAAAUUCAGAUUUAGGACUAUGAAUGAUGGGCAGAUCCGUCGGUGGAGGGCAGGAAAGCGGCAUAAUGCACACUUGAAGACUAAGAAGGCGAAACGAAGGCUCAGGAAGCCUGCGGUUGUUCAUGCCGCGUAUGCCAAGGUGAUAAAGAAGCUUAACUUUUGUGGGUAGGGAGUUAAAGCAUCUUUUUGCUUGUGCCAAUGCAAAUCAUUCUAAUGGAGCAUUUGACUGUUGUAACCUUACUUUCAUCUCUGAAUGAAUCUGCAAGUAAUUGAGUCGAAUUUUUGGAACUCUUCAGCCUUCAGCAGCUGUUUGUGGUUCUAUUUGAAAAAAAUGUCUUCAUUAAAAGACGACGAAGUUUCCUUAGAAAACUUUAUUUUCCUCCUUAUCAAUAAGAUGAUGCAGUUUUGAUACACAAAGUAUCUACCAAAGCUAUUUUUGUGCUUUAUGUAGUUGUUAGGUUUGGAUGGAAAUCCACACACAAAAACCUUUUAGGGUUUGUUUAGAUUCUUUGAGGUAAUGAGUGACUGUUUCGAUUCUUUAGCAGGAACAAGCAUAUACAUUUGUAUAUUUUUUUCUGUUUUGUAUUUUCUUUAUUACAGCAUUAUGAACUUAUGAGCAGGAUUCACAAA